UAGCUGCUAUGAAUUUUUGUUACAUAUUUAUUAUGUUAUUAUAUAUUUCAUGCUCAUAAGUUUGUAACAAUCAAUUUCUAACAUCUUCUUUUCCAAAGUCAUUUUCUCAACAAUAACAAACAACAUUACAGUUGAGGCUAACAUGAUGAACGCAAAUGAUGAUAAGGUCGCUAAUUCAUCGACCCUCGAAUCAUCAUCAUCAGUAGUAGUAAUGGAGGAUUCCAAAUCAAACAAGGAAGAAGAUAGAAUCAGUAGAUCAACCAUCAAAGAUGAUCACAACUCGAAAACAGUGUCGUUUCGCAAACUAUUCUCUUUCGCCGAUUCAACUGACUAUUUUCUAAUGUUUGUUGGCACAAUUAGUGCUGUUGGAAAUGGAAUCUCUAUUCCACUUAUGACUGUUAUCUUUGGAACUCUAGUUGAUUCAUUUGGAGAAUCUGUUAACAACCAACAAGUUCUUUCCAAAGUUUCUAAGGUGUCUCUCAAGUUUGUAUACUUGGCUGUGGGGUCUGGUAUGGCUGCAUUUCUACAGGUGGUUUGUUGGAUGGUUACUGGAGAAAGACAAGCUGCAAGGAUAAGAAGUUUGUAUUUGAAAACAAUAUUGAGACAAGAAAUCGGGUUUUUCGAUAUGGAAACUAGUGCUGGAGAAGUUAUUGAGAGAAUGUCAGGUGAAACUGUGCUUAUUCAAGAUGCAAUGGGAGAGAAGGUUGGGAAGUUCAUUCAGUUAGUAGCAACAUUCUUUGGAGGCUUUGUUAUAGGAUUCAUCAAAGGGUGGUUUCUAACCCUUGUCAUGCUAUCUUCAAUACCGGCUCUUGUGAUCUCCGGUGCAGUCAUGAGCAUCACCAUAGCUAAAGUGGCGCGCCGUGGACAAACAGCUUAUUCUCUAGCUGCAACUGUGGUCGAGCAAACAAUCAGUUCGAUUAGAACUGUUUCGUCUUUCACUGGGGAGAAGUUAGCAAUAGAGAGGUACAACAAGUCCUUAACAAAAGCUUAUAAAUCCGGGGUUCAUGAAGGCUUGGCAAAUGGAAUGGGAAUGGGAGUUGUUCUAUUGAUUGUGUUUAGUAGUUAUGGUUUGGCUGUUUGGUUAGGUGGAAAGAUGAUUAUUGAGAGAGGUUAUACUGGUGGAGAUGUCAUUAAUAUCAUCUUUGCUGUUCUUACUGGUUCACUGUGUCUUGGGCAAGCAUCACCAUGCUUGUCUGCAUUUGCUACCGGGCGAGCUGCAGCCUAUAAGAUGUUUGAGGCGAUGAACAGGAAGCCGCGAAUCGAUGCUUAUGACAGUAAUGGGAAAAUAUUAGAUGACAUUAAUGGCGACAUAGAUUUAAGAGAUGUUUACUUCAGUUAUCCUGCUAGACCAGAUGAACAAAUAUUUAAUGGCUUUUCUCUCUCAAUACCAAGUGGAACAACUGCUGCAUUGGUUGGACAAAGUGGUAGUGGUAAAUCAACUGUGAUCAGUUUGAUUGAGAGAUUUUAUGAUCCUCAAAGUGGUGAAGUUCUCAUUGAUGGUAUUAAUCUAAAAGACUUUCAGUUGAAAUGGAUCAGACAGAAAAUCGGCCUUGUUAGUCAAGAACCGGUGUUGUUUUCGUCGAGCAUUAGGGACAAUAUUUCGUAUGGGAAAAAUGGUGCAACUGUUGAGGAAAUAAGAGUUGCUGCUGAGCUUGCCAAUGCUGCUAAAUUCAUUGAUAAACUCCCUCAAGGACUUGACACGAUGGUGGGCGAGCAUGGAACUCAAUUGUCCGGGGGACAAAAACAAAGAGUUGCUAUAGCUAGAGCGAUUCUUAAAGAUCCGAAAAUUCUACUUUUAGAUGAAGCCACCAGUGCCCUUGAUGCAGAAUCUGAGAGAGUUGUGCAGGAGGCAUUGGAUAGAAUUAUGAUCAACCGAACUACCCUUAUCGUAGCUCAUCGCCUAAGUACAGUAAGAAAUGCUGAUACAAUUGCUGUUAUCCACAGAGGAAAAAUUGUUGAAAAGGGUCCACAUUCAGAGCUAACUAAAAAUCCAGAAGGUGCAUAUAGUCAACUUAUACUAUUGCAAGAUAUGAAAAAAGCAUCAGAUCAAGGUGCUGCAAUUGAUCAAGACAAACCAGAACUAGUUAGCAAUUCAGGGAGGCAUUCAAGUCAAAGAAUUUCUUUACUGCGGUCAAUAAGCCGAGGGUCAUCUGGAACAGGGAACAGCAGCCGUCACUCAUUUUCGGUCUCAUUUGGUGUACCAACUGUACUCAAUAAUGCCCUUGAAACAACACCAUCAGACAACAAUAGCAUUGCUUUAAGACCAUCACAACAAGUGCCUCAAAAAGUCUCACUUCGUCGCCUAGCUCUUCUUAACAAACCCGAGAUCCCAGCCUUACUUCUUGGUGCAAUAGCUUCAGCUGCAAAUGGUGUAGUGUUACCUGUUUUCGGGGUAUUGCUAUCCAGCGUAAUCAAAUCUUUCUUCGAGCCAGCUGAUAAACUUCGAAAAGAUACAGAGUUUUGGGCAUUACUCUUUGUUGGUAUUGGUGUGACAGGUUUGGUAGCUCAUCCAUCAAGAGGUUAUUUCUUUGCAGUGGCGGGGUGUAAGUUGAUCAAACGAAUUCGAUCAAAGUGUUUCGAGAAAGUAAUUUACAUGGAAGUAAGUUGGUUUGAUGAAGCCGAGCACUCGAGUGGUGCAAUUGGAGCAAGGCUUUCUGCUGAUGCAGCCUCACUUAGAACUAUUGUUGGAGAUGCACUCGGUUUGCUAGUACAGAACACUGCAACUACAGUUGCUGGUUUAGUUAUUGCUUUCGAGGCGAAUUGGAUAAUGGCUCUUAUAGUCCUUGCUUUGCUACCUCUAAUAGGAGUAAAUGGAUAUGUUCAAACCAAGUUCUUGGCAGGUUUCAGUGCUGAUGCAAAGAAAAUGUAUGAGGAGGCGAGUAAAGUGGCGAACGACGCAGUAGGGAGUAUUAGAACGGUUGCUUCAUUUUGCGCCGAGGAGAAGGUGAUGGAAUUGUACAAGAAGAAGUGUGAAGGGCCUAUAAAAGCUGGAAUCAGACAAGGAAUAGUUAGUGGAAUUGGUUUUGGUCUCUCAUCAUUUUUUCUUUUCAAUGUGUAUGCCUCGAGUUUCUAUGCUGGAUCCCAACUUGUUGCAGCUGGCAAGACAACAUUCUCUGAUGUUUUUCGGGUGUUUUUUGCACUAACUAUGGCUGCCAUUGGGAUUUCUCAGACUGCUUCCAUGGCUCCUGAUAUAAGUAAAACAAAGAAUGCUGCUGCUUCUAUAUUCGCCAUUCUAGACAGGAAAUCGAAAAUUGAUUCUAGUGAUGAAACUGGAACUGUAUUAGAGAGUGUCAAAGGAGAGAUUGAGUUUCUUCAUGUAAGUUUUAAGUACCCAACUAGACCUGAUGUGAUAAUAUUCAGAGAUCUUUGCUUGGCUAUUCACUCUGGCAAGACAGUUGCUUUGGUUGGAGAAAGUGGGAGUGGGAAAUCAACAGUGAUCUCAUUAUUGCAAAGAUUUUAUGAUCCAGAUUCAGGGCAAAUUACACUAGACGGUGUCGAAAUCCAAAAACUACAACUCAAAUGGUUUAGGCAACAGAUGAGUUUAGUGAGCCAAGAACCUGUUUUGUUCAAUGACACAAUCAGGGCCAACAUUGCAUAUGGGAAAGAAGGAAAUUCAACUGAGGCUGAAAUUAUAGCUGCAGCAGGAUUAGCCAAUGCCCACAACUUCAUUAGUAGUCUGCAACAAGGUUAUGACACCAGAGUGGGAGAUAGAGGCAUACAAUUAUCUGGUGGGCAGAAGCAGAGAGUGGCAAUUGCAAGAGCUAUAAUGAAGGCACCAAAAAUACUACUUCUAGAUGAAGCCACCAGUGCUCUUGAUGCCGAAUCCGAACGAGUGGUUCAAGAUGCACUAGACCGAGUUGCAGUGAGCAGGACCACAGUUGUGGUGGCUCAUAGGCUGUCAAGUAUCAAGGGUGCAGAUUUAAUUGCUGUGGUGAAAAAUGGAGCCAUUGCUGAGAAGGGAAAGCAUGAAACUUUGAUGGCUAUAAAGGGUGGAAUUUAUGCUUCUUUGGUAGCUUUGCAUACAACAAGCUCAUCGUCCUCUUGAUUAAGAGUGUUUCAGGGUCUUCUUGUGUGAUUUUUCCUCUCAAGCCUUGAUAUUGUACUUUCUUUUCUAUUACAAGUUCAGUGUCUUUUGAAUAAUGAAAAUGAGGUGCCUGCCAUAAAUAUAUACAGAAUGUCGUUUGUGGAAAUGGAAUGAGAAAUAUGUAAUGGCAUUUUGCCAUUUUAUUUUAUUUCAUGGAUCAUUUAUGUGAUUCAGAGAGAGAAUGAGGGUGUAAGAAAUAUGAAUCUGUAUAGUGUAUUGAUUAUGGAGCUGUUAGCUCAAUA